GCAAGGUGAACACAUUUUCAGGCAGGAUGGCUCACAUUGCGAUGGCAUUGCUGUUGCUGCUUCCUUUUAUUACAAAUGGUACAAAUGGGGCAGAUGACUGGAUAUUAGCAGAAAGGCGAUACAACAUAAGGUAUCCAUGUGGAGGGUUGGUUUGCUUUCAUUUGUGGGAGAUCAGUACAAAGACAACAAGUGAUUACAUUGGAGUCAUUACUAAUGGAGAAAUGCAGACGGCACAAUCAGACAAUGAGAUAUCCAAAUGCACCCUGCCGGUAGAAAGUCUGAAACGUGAGGAUGCUGGACAUGAUAUCUGCAAACGAAACUCAAAACUGUCAUUUCCUGUCCACACAAACCCAGAGUUGAACGUAACGCCUGUAAAAGCCAUGUCGCUGCAGUGUGUUCUGCUCACUGAUGUGCGGGACACAAGGUGUUUCACGCAGCAGUUUGAACAGAUCAGCCUGAGGUGGGUCGAUGAAGACGACGUGCCCGUACAAGUCAACUCCCAGUAUGACCUGAAACAGCAGUCAGACUGUGAUGUAACGCUGACGGUCAACCUGCAAAGUCCUGGAAAGAGGAGGUUUAAAUGCCAGGCCAGCGUGGGUGAUCAAACCUGGACUUCAGAGGAGGUUCUGAUCACAUUCCCAGAUGUCAAACAGAAAGGAAGAGGACUUGUUAUUAACUCGUAUCCGGACCCUCCACCGCAAGGUGCCAACCAGGAUGCGAUUGGGGUGGCUGUGGGGGUGGUGGCGUGUGUGGUGUUGACAGCGGGGGCUGUACUUUUUGUUGUGAACAAAAGAAAAGCAAACAACCUAAUGAAUCAGUCUAAUGAAUCAUGUUACUCAAGCAGCGCCAACGACGUUAUGGAUGAAGAUGACGUCGUCUAUGCUGAGGUGACAGUCCCUCUUGGCUUGGACAGACCCUGGGGUCCUGUCUGUGAGUCCACUGAAUACGCCUGUGUCCGAUACGCUUAAGUCUACAGCCAACAUUUACCCUGCAAUGUGUGUGUUUUCUUUGUCCUGCUGCUUAAAGUGUGUAUUUUUCAUUUAUUUUUUUACUCAAAUGUUUAUUGCGAACUGUCUUAUAAGAUAUUAUACAAGACAUCAACUAUACAAAGUACACUGUUCUCUUUUUUUUAACCCUUUCAUGCCCAAAUUAUGACAACCAGUCAAGAAUUUUUUCUUUCCUCUUGUUUUUAGGCAUGAAAAAAAAGCAAUUGAGUUUUUUUUUAAUGAAGUUACAAAAAUAUCCAUGUGUUUAAUUUUUGAAGUAAAGAAACGUGUUUAA